UGAUAUUUUGUGCUCUGGAACACUUCUUAUCCAAUCCCUGAGCUCAGAAAGAUUUGGAUUUGGAUGGAGUUCUUUGGAGCCAUGACCACAUCCACCUCCUCCUUCCCUUCUUCAUCCCUCCUCAGCCUCCACCGCUCCGGCAGCCCUCUCGCUCACCCCCGCCGCCAGCACCUGCUCUUCCCCAGCUGCCGCGCCACCGUCCAGCUGACCUCGGUUCCGGCUUCCGAGCCCAGUCCCACCAACCCCGGUCUCCACGCCGUUGGUCGGAGGGAGGCCUCUCUCGCUCUCGCCGGUCUCCUCUUCACCCGCCUCCUCGACUCACCAGCCCGCGCGGCCGACGAGCAGCCAGGUUCCCCCGGCUGCGCCCUCACCGUCGCCCCCUCCGGCCUCGCCUUCUGCGACCGCGUCGUGGGCAGCGGGCCCGAGGCCACCCAGGGGCAGCUCAUCAAGGCGCAUUACGUAGGGAGGUUAGAGAACGGGACGGUGUUCGACAGCAGCUACAGCCGCGGGCGACCGCUCACGUUCCGCGUCGGCGUCGGCGAGGUCAUCAAAGGAUGGGAUCAGGGCAUCCUCGGCGCCGAAGGAAUCCCGCCAAUGCUUGCUGGUGGCAAACGUACACUGAAGCUUCCUCCGGAGCUUGCCUAUGGCAUCAGAGGUGCAGGCUGCAAAGGAGGUUCUUGUCUCAUUCCUCCAAAUUCCACCCUUCUCUUCGAUGUCGAAUUCAUCGGCAAGGCAUGAGCUCCUGCAGAAAGGAACUAGAAUCAGCUCUAGCAGCUUGAGCAUAUGAAGCAGGCAAGAAGCAUCACCUGUACAAGUACCUUUUGUAACAGCCAUUCUUUCUUGAAUGGAGAUAGAUAAAGAGGGAGAGGAUUGGUGCAACGAGUAUGUGAACAGGUGGAGAACAUCAACACUGUCGUUCAAUGAAUACAAGUGAUAUAUAUUUUUUAA